GACCUCCGCGCAAACGGCAGGCCUCACCUGGGCUCCAGGAAGAGGCGCCCCAGGCCCGGCAGGCCUGAUCUGGCUAGUGCCCGCGCCUCUGCGCGCUCCGCCAUCCAGUUCCGAGACUCCCCCUCCUCUGCCGCUGCGCCCGCUUACUGACUGGUGAUCCCUCCUCACUCCGGAGGAACAGGUACUCCACCUCUCCCGGGACUGACUACAUUUGGUGACCUGUUUCUGUCGAGUGCCCCCGAGGGCUCAGCUGCUGGGUCUACAGGAAGCCUCGAUAUGAAUGACAGAAACAACCGUAGGCGGACAAUGAAGGACGAAGAGACCUUUGAGAUCUCCAUUCCCUUUGAGGAGGCACCCCACCUAGACUCACAAAUCUUCUACAGUCUGAGCCCCUCUCGGAGAAAUUUUGAGGAGCCUCCAGAGGCCACCUCCCCAACCCUGGCCUUGAUGAACAGUGUUAAGGCCCAGCUGCACAUGGCACUUGAGAGGAACUCGUGGCUGCAGAAACGCAUUGAGGACCUGGAGGAGGAGAGGGACUUUUUGCGGUGUCAGCUGGACAAAUUCAUUUCUUCUGCCCGGAUGGAUGCAGAAGACCACUGCCGGAUGAAGCCUGGACCUCGGAGGGUUGAUGGGGACAGCCGGGGUGGGGUUGGGGGAGAAGCCUCAGACCCUGAGUCGGCAGCCUCUUCCUUCAGUGGGGUAUCGGAAGAGGGAAGUGCCAAUGAAAGGAAGAGGCAGAAGCAGAAGGGAAGUACUGGCCGGAGGCGAUUUGGGAAGCCCAAGGCUCGAGAGAGGCAGCGGGUGAAGGAUGCUGACGGGGUUCUCUGCCGCUACAAGAAGAUCCUGGGCACCUUCCAGAAGCUGAAGAGCAUGUCCAGAGCCUUCGAGCACCACCGUGUGGACAGGAACACCGUGGCGCUGACCACGCCCAUCGCAGAGCUACUCAUUGUGGCUCCUGAAAAGCUGGCAGAGGUGGGAGAGUUCGACCCAUCCAAGGAGCGCCUGCUAGAGUAUUCCCGCCGCUGCUUCCUGGCACUGGACGACGAGACUCUCAAGAAGGUGCAGGCUCUCAAAAAGAGCAAGCUGCUCCUGCCCAUCACCUACCGCUUCAAGCGGUGAUGCCACCACCCCGCACGCCUCCCCGCCCAGCAGACUGCUGGCCAAGCUGGGCUUCCUGGGGCGCCGCCAGGGCUAGAAGCUGCCCUUCCUGAGCACUGGGCCCUGUCUCUCGGUAGCGAACGCUCCGCACCCCACCUCCAUUUCACUUCGCAAGGGCUGCCAGCUAGGCCCCCCAGCCAGGAGUAGCCUAUCUGCAUCCCACGCGAAGACAGAGCAUUAUUCUGAGAGUUUAAAUUAAAGAGACAUGAAAAUUUUCAAUAAA